CGCGCAACUGGACGUACUUUCGCAUCUUGCCCAUGGCAUCAGGCCAGCAAUUGCCAAGCGACUGACUCGCGUUAGCCAUUUCUAUUUCUGCCAUUCCUGAGUGUGUGUGUGUGGGCUCAAUCAGUAACCGUGUCCGUGUGCGCGGCCGCUGCGGGUGUGUGCGUGUUGGCCAACUUUAAACGCUCUUAUCAGCGCGCGUGUGAAGCAUGAGCUUGGUGCAAACAAAGUUUUGGCGGCAUUUUCAAUUAAUGGCGAUGCCAGCAAAAGCCAUCGAAAAUUUCACAAAAAAUAUCAUACCAACUGAAAGCGAAGCAAUAAAAGAACAUUCAAAUAAAUGAAACGCAGACACCAGAAGGCAAUCGGAUGCGAAAUUUACUUCAAGGAUAUGAAAAUAGCACAUCAAAUGGGCCAUAAACACACGACAGCAAACGGAAGAGCUUAAGUAAACCAAAAAAGAGUACAAAGCAGCAGCAGCAACAAAGCCAAGUCGGCAACAAUCAACGGCACAAAAGCAACACUGCCACACAGAGAAAUCUAAAAAGAAAAAAAGAGCACAAAUAAGAGGAAGUCGGAAAGAAAAGUGAAAGCCAAAAGCCGAAAUUGUAAACGCUCCGUGUAAACACUUGAAAGCUCGUUAGGAUAAUACAUCCUGCCCGGCACCAAGCACACGCUGGCACAAAAACACAGAGCACCGGGGAAAGCGGGGAAAGCGGGGAAAGCGGUGAAAGUAGGGAAAGUGUCACCAUGCGCCGUCCCGCGUGUCUGAGUGGCCGCCAGCUUAAACAACGGCACCACCCCAAGCACCCAACCACCCACACAGACGCACACAUGCGCCAGCAGGCCAUUGCCAUUGCCAUCGCCAUCGCCAUCGCCGUUGCAUAGUCGCGCUUCCGUUUCCGUCUACUCCUCAUUUCCGCUGCGGCUGCAAUUAAGCGAAGCGAAGCAUCCCAAAAACACACCGAAUAUCCACAAAAUGGCGCACGAGACCAGCUUUAAUGAUGCGCUCGACUACAUUUACAUAGCGAAUAGCGUAAAUGACAGGGCUUUUCUGAUAGCCGAACCACAUCCCGAACAGCAGAGUACCGAUGGUCAGGAGCCGGAUGCCGAGGACGCCGAGGAGGAGGAGCUGGAGGACAUGGCUCCGGAGGAGGAACAGCUGGAGGACACGAAUAACAACAACAACAGCAAGCGCUACUACAGCUCCGCGAAGAGACGAGCGGACUUUGUUGGCUCCCCGGCGCUUAAACCACUGCCCACCGAUGCGACCACCACCACCGAUGCCGGCUCACCGCUGGCCACCGCCGCUUUGGCCGCCGUAGCAGCCAGUGCCUCGGUGGCAGCAACGGCUGCCAGGAUAACGGCCAAAGCGGCUGCCAGGGCCCUGAUCUCCAAGCAGGCUGAGGCAGCAUCCUCGCCAGCCCUCCAACUGAUCGACAUGGACAAUAAUUACACGAAUGUAGCCGUCGGCCUGGGCGCCAUGCUGCUGAAUGACACGCUCCUGUUGGAGUCAAACGACUCGAGUUUGUUCGGGGAGAUGAUGCUGAACCGGAGUGGCCAUCUGGACCUGACCAACGGCAGUGCCGGCCUCAAUGUGACCACCAGCAAGGUGGCCGAGGACGAUUUCACGCAGCUGCUUCGCAUGGCCGUCACAUCGGUGCUGCUCGGCCUGAUGAUACUGGUCACCAUAAUUGGCAAUGUCUUCGUCAUUGCGGCCAUUAUUCUGGAGCGAAAUCUGCAGAACGUGGCCAACUACCUGGUGGCCUCCUUGGCCGUCGCCGAUCUCUUCGUGGCCUGCCUAGUAAUGCCCCUCGGAGCUGUUUACGAGAUUAGCCAGGGUUGGAUACUUGGCCCCGAAUUGUGCGAUAUCUGGACCUCGUGCGAUGUCCUCUGCUGCACAGCCUCGAUUUUGCAUCUGGUGGCCAUUGCCGUGGAUCGCUACUGGGCGGUGACCAAUAUCGACUACAUCCACUCGCGGACCAGCAACCGCGUCUUUAUGAUGAUCUUCUGCGUUUGGACGGCGGCGGUGAUUGUCUCCCUGGCUCCACAGUUCGGCUGGAAGGAUCCCGACUAUCUGCAACGCAUCGAACAGCAGAAGUGCAUGGUAUCGCAGGAUGUUUCCUAUCAGGUAUUUGCCACCUGUAGCACAUUUUACGUGCCACUGAUGGUCAUCCUGGCGUUGUACUGGAAAAUCUAUCAAACGGCCCGCAAACGCAUCCAUCGCCGACGACCGCGACCCGUCGAGGCGGCGGUCAAUAAUAAUCAGCCGGACGGAGGUGCGGCAACAGAUACGAAACUUAAUCGACUGCGUCUACGGCUCGGCAGAUUCUCCACGGCCAAGACCAAGGGCGGAAGUGCCGGGGGCGUCUCGGGGCCCGGAUCCGGGGGCAGGGCCCUGUGCCUCGUCGACGGGAACUCAACGAACACGGUCAACACCGUUGAGGACACCGAGUUCAGCAGCUCGAAUGUGGACACCAAAAGUCGAGCCGGCGUCGAGGCGCACAGCACGUCUGGCAGCCAGAUUGCCACCGUGUCGCACCUGGUUGCCCUUGCCAAGCAGCAGGGCAAGUCCGCAGCCAAGUCGUCGUCCGCUGUCAACGGGGCGGCCGCAUCGGGAAAGUGCGAGGAUGGGCAGAAACCGGAACGGCAGGAGGAGCAGGACGAGCAUGAGGAUCGGGAGGAGCAAGAGGAGGACCAGGAGCACGAUGGCCCACAGCCCGCAACCGCAACAUCAGCAACGUCGGCGGCAGAAACCGAGGAACAGUGCAAGGCCAACGGGGUGGAGGUCCUGGAGGAUCCGCAGUUGCAACAGCAGCUCGAACAAGUGCAGCAGCUGCAGAAAUCAACAAAAUCCGGUGGUGGUGGAGGCGGUGCCAGCACGUCGAAUGCCACCACAAUUACAUCGAUAUCGGCGCUAUCGCCACAAACGCCGACUUCACAGGGUAUCACCGCCGCCGCUGGACCGAUGACGGCCAAAACCAGCAUGCUGACGAGCUGCAACCAGUCGCAUCCGCUAUGCGGCUCCGCCGGUAACGAAUCCCCAUCGGCGACGACCCCAGAGCCACGCCCCCGUCAGCAGCCGCCCCCGCAACAGCAGCAGCAGCAGCAGUCGCAACUCUCCAGCAUCGCCAAUCCCAUGCAGAAGGUGAACAAGCGGAAGGAGACGCUGGAGGCCAAGAGGGAGCGGAAGGCGGCCAAGACGCUGGCCAUCAUUACCGGCGCCUUCGUCGUCUGCUGGCUGCCCUUCUUCGUCAUGGCCCUGACCAUGCCCCUUUGCGCCGCCUGUCAGAUCAGCGACAGCGUGGCCUCGCUCUUCCUCUGGCUGGGCUACUUCAACUCCACCCUCAAUCCGGUCAUCUACACCAUCUUCAGUCCGGAGUUCCGACAGGCUUUCAAGCGUAUCCUCUUCGGCGGCCACCGACCAGUCCACUACCGCAGCGGGAAGCUAUAGAUAGUGCAUGCGAAGAGGCGAAGACGCUUCUGCUAAACCGACGGGCGGAUGUUGAUCUAACCUCUUCGGCUAUAACCAGGCGAGGAUUAACGCAUCUUGUAUACCAAAGACGAUGAGAAGGAUGAGCUACGAAGGACGAAAAACGAAGGUC